AUGGCGCACCAGGGUGUCCUCCUCCCCGUGGACUUGCUCCUCCACCUCCUCCUCCUCAGCAUGAUGGUCCGGGGGGAGUACGGGGUGGUCCACGUGGUCUCCGGGAACUGGACCAAGGACUACUGCAUCCUCUUCAGCCCCGACUAUGUCACUCUCCCCCGGGACCUACACCAUGCCCCACUCUUGCCCCUGCACGAUGGCACUAAGGUAUCCUGGUGCCCAGGUGAGAGCUCCUUCCAUCAGGCCCAGUCCAGCUCCCCAAGACAGCGGCCUCUCUACCAGACCACCGCCAUGGUAAUGAGGGGCAACUGCAGCUUCUAUGCCAAGGGCUGGCUGGCGCAGGACCGGGGUGCCCACGGACUGCUCAUCGUGAGCCGCGUUAGCACCCAGCAAUGCUCAGAUGCCGUGCGGGUGAGCCGGGACUCCCGUAAGCUCCUGCCGGACCUCACCAUCCCCGUGGCUGUGCUCCACUACACCGACAUGCUCGACAUCCUCAGCCACACCCGCGGCCACACCAACGUCCGCGUGGCCAUCUAUGCUCCCCCAGAGCCCAUCAUCGAUUACAACAUGGUGCUCAUUUUUGUCCUGGCUGUGGGCACCGUGGCCUUGGGCGGCUAUUGGGCUGGCUUGAUGGAGGCUGACCGGUUACAGCGACGCCGUGCCCGAGGAGGAGGGGGGCCUGGAGGUCACCAUCAGCUGCCGGUAUCAGCAGCCGAGAGGGGCCAGGAGGAUGAAGAUGAUGACGAUGGGCCUGUGGAUUUCACACCAGCCAUGACAGGUGCUGUGGUUGCCAUGUCCUGCUCAAUCAUGAUAUUGCUCUAUUUCUUCUAUGACUGCUUCAUCUAUAUCAUGAUCGGGAUCUUUGGCUUGGGGGCCAGCACCGGCCUCUACAGCUGCCUGGCACCCCUUGCGCGCCACCUGCCCCUACAGCAGUAUCAGUGGCUUCUGCCUGGCCGUCGAACUUACCUGAAACUUCCAAUGCUGUUACUGGCGGUCCUGUGCACCCUGGUGACCCUCUUCUGGGUGGUCUACCGAAACGAGGACCGCUGGGCCUGGCUCCUGCAGGAUACACUGGGCGUGGCCUACUGCCUUUUUGUCCUACGUCGUGUGCGGCUGCCCACACUCAAAAACUGUGCCUCCUUCUUACUGGCCCUGCUGGCCUUCGAUGUCUUCUUUGUCUUUGUCACCCCUCUGUUCACCAAGACCGGAGAGAGCAUCAUGGUGGAGGUAGCAGCAGGCCCGUUAGACUCUUCCAGCCACGAGAGACUGCCCAUGGUCCUCAAAGUGCCGCGAAUGUGCUUCUCAGCCUUGACCCUGUGCGACCAGCCCUUCUCCAUCCUGGGCUUUGGUGACAUUGUGGUCCCAGGCUUUCUAGUUGCUUACUGUCACCGCUUUGAUGUUCAAGUCCGCUCCCACCAGGUGUACUUCAUGGCCUGUACUGUGGCCUACGCUGUGGGUCUGCUGGUCACCUUUGUUGCCAUGAUUCUCAUGGAGAUGGGCCAGCCUGCCUUACUCUACUUAGUGUCCAGCACCCUGCUCACCAGCCUGACGGUGGCUGCCUGGCGCCAAGAGCUCACUCUCUUCUGGACUGGCAAAGGCAGAGUCAGGACAACUGCCCGACCCGUGGCAGGGUUCUAUGGUGUUCUUGCAACCAACUCCAUACAAAAGCAGGAAGGCCCAGAAGCAGACGCUAGCCCCUGCAAGUGUGAGAUGGUCAUGGAGCAAGAGGAAGAGGACUCAGAAAGCAACGUUGAGGAAGACACAACUGAUAUGGUCACCAUAUCAGAUGACGAAGCCACCAACCCAGAGGGCCACAGUGAGAGCUCUGAGGGCUGGAGCGAUGCCAACCUGGACCCGGAGGAGCUGCCCCCUCCCUCCUCAGAGACCUCAGAGGAGUUGAUGCCACUGAUGCCAAUGGCCAUGUUGAUCCCGCUGAUCCCGCUCAUGCCCCCGCCCUCAGAGCUGGGCCCUAUCCACGCCCAGGCCCAGGCCCACGAUGCCAGCCAGUCCUGGGCAGGUCUUCACAAGAGGAAGGGUGUGAAGGUAAAGAAGAGUAUGUCUACACAGGCUCCUCUGUGA